AUGGACGUUCUCAAAGCGGUUCAGACGUAUAUCACGAAGAUGAUAACGGAAGUACCAGGUAUGAAGGUACUGCUGUUGGAUGCUCAUACGACACCGAUAGUAUCAAUGGUCACCACUCAAUCAGAAUUAUUAGCCCAUGAAGUCUACCUGACAGAUAGGAUAGACAACACAAAUCGAGAACCACUGAAUCACCUAUCAUGUAUAGCCUUUCUCUCGCCUAAUGAAGCUAGUAUCGAAGCUGUGAAGAAUGAGUUGAGCAAACCUAGAUAUGGUGGUUAUUGGCUUUACUUCUCAAAUACCUUGACGAAGACACAAAUCGAGCAGAUGGCUUCUGUGGACGAGUUUGAAGUGGUCAAAGAAGUGCAGGAAUACUUUGCAGAUUAUCUGGCUCAAUAUCCAUCUCAUUUCAGUUUGACUCAAGCUGCGCUAAGUUAUGGUGGGGAUGGACCUUCCAACCCACCGAUAUUCCUUCCUCCUCCAUUAUAUCUCCCCCCACCAACCCUCGACACCCACCUGAAAACGAUCCUAUCGGUUCUUUUGUCGCUUAAGAAGAUGCCUGUCGUACGAUAUGAGAAGAUGUCAUUGGCUGGUAAGAAAUUAUCAAUGGAGGUUCAGUCAGCAAUUACAAAUGCUCCAUAUAAGGAUUUAUUCGAUUUUAGAAGUACGAAUGGACCUGCGCCGUUGUUGUUGAUCUUAGACCGAAGAAACGAUCCUGUCACACCACUUCUGUCUCAAUGGACCUAUCAGGCUAUGGUACAUGAAUUACUGGGUAUCAAUAAUGGUAGAGUCAGGAUAGACGGUGAAGAGAAGAUUGAGUUGAGGGACCUUGUUCUGUCUACGUCUUCCGACCCAUUCUACUCCCAAAACCUAUUUGCCAAUUUCGGAGAUCUCGGAGCAUCGAUCUCAUCCUAUGUGACAGAAUACCAACAGCGGAAUUCAACCCUCAACCCUAAUACCAAUGCGGCCAAUUCUUCUAAUCGGAUAGAGACUGUGGCAGACAUGAAAAGGUUCAUAGAGGAAUAUCCAGAGUUCAAAAAGUUGAGUGGGAAUGUAACGAAACAUGUGACGCUGGUUGGGGAACUGAGUAAGAUAGUGGAAAGAGAUGGGUUAUUGGAGAUUAGUGAGGUCGAACAGAGCUUGGCGAGUGUUGAGAGUCAUGCGAGUGAUUUAAGGUCCGUACAAACCCUUAUAUCCUCACCCAAAACUCGACCUGCCAACAAACUCCGUUUAGCUAUCCUGUACGCCUUACGAUACCAGAAACUCAUAGGCAACCAAAUACCCCAAGUGAUAGACAACCUAAUUACCAAUGGGGUCUCAGCGGACAAAGCAAGAUUGGUAUAUGUCAUGUUAAAUUUCGCAGGAGCGGAUAUACGUCAAGAUGAUUUAUUCAUGAAUGAGAAUUUCUUCUCUAGAGGCAAAUCCGCUUUGAAGGGUUUAAAGGGGGUCGAAAAUGUUUAUACGAGACAUGAACCUCAUUUGACUCAGACUUUGGAUCUUUUGUUGAAGAAUCGAUUGAGAGAGGCGAGUUAUCCUUUUGUUGGUGGAGAUGAAGUGGUAAAAACUCAAAGACCUCAAGAUAUCAUAAUAUUCAUGAUUGGUGGGACUACCUACGAGGAAGGUCGAGCGGUCGCUCUGCUCAAUCAGAAACUAGCCAGUGAUGCUGCUGGUGGACCUGGAGGUACUAGAAUACUGUUAGGUGGAAGUAUGGUACAUAAUUCUACUAGUUUCUUAGAGAUGGUAGAGGCAUGCGCUUUGAAUUACCCCGAAAGUAUCUAUGCUCCACCCCUAGGCCAACAAUCCUCUACACUACUUUCCAAUUCCAAUACUCCUAUACCUUCUUCCACUCCCAUCCCAAGCAACAAUUCAAACGGCAACGGCCCUUCCAUAAACCUCCGUGCGGGAGGGUAUGAAUUGUCUGUAGGAGGGGUAGCUGGAUCCGGACUUUACAGGACCAACGAAAGUGCCGGUGCGAACGCUCAAUUUGAUUUACCGAAGAAUUUCGAUGCUGUUGCUGGAGUUGCAGGGGGGAUAAGGGAUGGUGCAGGACGGUUAUGGGGUAAUGUCAGGCAGAGGGUUGAGGAGAGAGUAAGUAGAGGUAAUACACCCCAGGGGAGGUAA